CGCCACUGAGCGGGACGGGCACGGGCCAUGGAGCGGACAGCGGGCCGGGAGCUCGCCCUGGCGCCGCUGCAGGACUGGGGCCAGGAGACCGAGGACGGCGCGGUGUACAGUGUGUCCCUGCGGCGGCAGCGCAGCCAGCGCUGGAGCCCGGGACAGGGGCCUGGGGGCGGCGAGGUCCCCAGCCCCGCUGCCUGCGACGCCUUCCUCCAUUACCGUACCAGCAAGGUGCGGGCGCUGAGGGCGGCGCGGCUGGAGCGGCUGGUGCAGGAGCUGGUGUCUGGAGACCGCGCACAGGACCCGGGCUUCGUGCCAGCCUUCCUGGCCACCCACCGGGCCUUCGUGCCCACUGCCCGGGUGCUGGCCCUUCUCCUGCCCCCGCCGCCGCCGCCCCUGCCUCCGGGGGUAGAGAUCAAGAAGACAGAGGGCCGCGAUCUGAGCUUCAACCAGAACCUGAGGGCUGUGGUGUCGGUGCUGGGCUCCUGGCUGCGGGACCACCCUCAGGAUUUCCGGGACCCUCCGGCCCACUCGGACCUGAGCAGUGUUCGCACCUUCCUGGGCUGGGCGGCCCCCCUGGGUGCCGAGGCCCGGGAGGCGGAGAAGCUGCUGGGCGAGUUCCUGGAGGAGGCUGAGCAUGCGCAGGAAGAGGAGGCGCAGCCCCAGGCCAGGGCAGGACCUCCCGGAGCUGCCCAGACUCCCUGUGCAGGCUGCCGGGAAGGCUGCUCGCAAGAGGAGGAAGGAUUGGUGCAGGAAGGCCCUGAGCUCCUGGACUUCGGUGUAGACGAAGUGGCCGAGCAGCUGACCCUGCUGGACGUGGAGCUCUUCUCCCGCGUGCGGCCCUGCGAGUGCCUGGGCUCCGUGUGGUCGCAGCGGGACCGGCCUGGGGCCGCAGGCGUCGCCCCCACCGUGCGCGCCACUGUCACCCAGUUCAACACAGUGACCGGCUGCGUGCUGGGCUCCGUGCUCGGGCCGCCGGGCCUGGCCGCCCCGCAGAGGGCGCAGCGGCUGGAGAAGUGGAUCCACAUCGCCCAGCGCUGCCGGGAGCUGCGGAACUUCUCCUCGCUGCGCGCCAUCCUGUCGGCCCUGCAGUCGAACCCCAUCUACCGCCUCAAGCGCAGCUGGGGCGCCGUGAGCCGGGAACCCUUAUCCACUUUCAGGAAACUUUCACAGAUUUUCUCCGACGAGAACAACCACCUCAGCUGCAGAGAGAUCCUUUCCCAGGAGGAGGCCACCGAGGGACCCCAAGAGGAGGACACCCCCCCAGGAAGCCUGCCCUCAAAACUGCCCCCAGGCCCUGUCCCCUACCUUGGUACCUUUCUCACGGACCUGAUUAUGCUGGACACAGCCCUACCGGACAUGCUAGAGGGGGAUCUCAUCAACUUUGAGAAGAGGAGGAAGGAGUGGGAGAUCCUGGCCCGCAUCCAGCAGCUGCAGAGGCGCUGUCGGAGCUACUGCCUGAGCCCUCACCCGCCUGUCCUGGCUGCCCUGCGGGCACAGCGGCAGCUCAGCGAGGAGCAGAGCUACCACGUCUCCCGUGUCACUGAGCCGCCGGCCGCCUCCUGCCCCAGCUCCCCACGUGUCCGGCGGCGAAUCAGCCUCACCAAGCGCCUCAGUGCGAAGCUGUCCCGAGAGAAAGGCCCGUCCCCUGGCGGGAGUCCCGGGGACCCCUCAUCCCCCACCUCCAGUCUGUCCCCAGGGUCCCCCCCGUCCAGUCCUAGAAGCAAGGACCCUCCUCCUGGCAGUACCCCGGCCUCUCCAGGCCCCCAGGUUCCCAGCACCAAGCUGCCCCUGAGCCCAGACCUGCCAGGCCCCCGGCCCCUGGCCUUGUCCCUGAGCGGCCCUUGCAUCCCCCUCCCGGGACAGCAGGGCUCGGAGGCCCGUGUCAUCCGCGUCAGCAUCGAUAAUGACCAUGGGAACCUGUAUCGGAGUAUCUUGCUCACUAGUCAGGACAAGGCCCCCAGCGUGGUGCAGCGAGCCUUGCAAAAGCAUAAUGUGGCCCAGCCCUGGGCCCAUGACUACCAGCUCUUCCAAGUCCUUCCUGGGGACCGGGAGCUCCUGAUUCCGGACAACGCCAACGUCUUCUAUGCCAUGAGUCCAGCCGCCCCCGGAGACUUCAUGCUGCGCCGGAAGGAGGGGGCCCGGCACACAAACUCAGUCUCCCCGACCUGAGGUGGCUCUCUCCUCCCGCCAGGAUGCAGACCCCAUGGGCAGCUUGGGGCCUGGCCCUGGAAAGCUUCCGUUCCCCAGUAGGGCCCAUUGUGCUCCCCAGCCCGUGACCCCUCCCCCCACCUUAUUGGACCCCAUCCCUCUGACCCUCCUGGCACCAGAUCCCCAUUCCAAAGGCAUCGGCCCAUGGGGGGCCGGUGGAGAGUUUCUUCCUGUAAAUAUAGAAAGGGAAUCACUGUGGGGGUCAGACCCUUCCCCAGAGAAAUCUUGUAACCAUUGGAGAUGCAUCAGAACUCACUGAAGUGGAUGAAAAUAGUGACCAAAGUUAUGGACAUGUGCCCCGUGUUUACUCUUCAUCAAGACAAAAAUUUUUUAAAAAGGAGAAAAAAAACUAAGAGCUCUAAGAAAGGGGGGUGGGUGAGGCAUGACUGGAUGACAGAGGAGGGCCCUGUCACACACACAGAGUUCAGGACUCCCUCCACCAACAUUUUGGGGCGAUAGGCUUCUUUUCUGCCAUGUAUAUGGAAGAGCGACGAAAUGAAAUUCCAUCGGAAUCAGAGACAAAUAACAUUAUGGUCUGUGAGUCAGUAAGGGCUGGGAGCAUGAAAGCAGAGGGAUGAGCUCUCUAUCAGUACUAGGGGAGGAAGAAGAAACAGGUAGGGAAGGCAACAGUGAGCUGUAGGGCCACCUGCAACAUACUUAUAACAACAACAAUAAUAGUAACAAUAAUAUGCCCACUUAUGAACUCCUAUUCUGUGCUGAACACUAAGGGCUUUAUAGCUCACUGUAUUAAUCAGGGUUUUGUCUGUUUCGAGUGGUCAAAACCCCAAUUCAAACAGGCAUGUGCAAAAAAGGAAAUUAAUAGCUCGUGUAAUUGAAAAGUUCAAUGGAUCCAGCUUCAGGCACAGUUGGAUCCAGGGACUCAAAAAGAUGUCAUCAGGAUUUUGUUGCUGUCUCUUGGCUCGGAUUUGCACUGAGGCUGAGACUGUCCAUUGUCCCCUCAAAUCCAAUCACCUUCUUCUAUGGUAAUAGAACCACUGAUUUUUAGCUGGCUACCCAGAGUAAAAACCGCAUUUCUAGUCUCCCGUGCAGCAAAAUGUGAUCAUGUGACUAAGUGCUGGUCAAUGAGAUGUAAAGGGAUAGGAGCUGGGCAAAUUCUAGGUCUUGCCCUUAAAGACAAGGGGUGUGUCCUCCUCUUCCUCUUCUGCCUCCUGCUGGUUAGAAUGAAGCCAUGGAGUGGAUCAUGUUGGAUUGGGUGGUUUAACAUUCUCUGAAUGACUGAGCGACAAAAUGGAAGGAGCAUGGCUCUCUGAGACCAGGGAGCUGCCAUAUUGUAUUACUGCUACUUGGGUUGUUACUUAAGAGAAAAAUAAAUAUCUAUCUUAUGUA